CUUCGCUGGCUCGCUGACAGGAGGAACGGUGAUUACUUUACUUGAGGGAUUUCCACUUCCCAGCCGUCGAUAUGUCAAGGUAUGUGGCCAUUGAGACGACAACGUCUAUCCGCCGGGUAUGAUAACCCCGAUGGAAAAGACUAGAUGUGUAGGGAAUCAAACAAGGAAUAACAGGAGAGGAUUGUUCAAGCGGAGAGAAACGAGUUCAUUAUAUAGUCUGAUGCGGGGACGAGCUUUAGAUGGUUUCUUGUAUUUGAUUAAG